GGACAAUUAGCAAUAGUAAGCUGUAUGUCAACUCGAUCUGUCAAGUUGACAGGAGAAAAAUGUAUCAAUCUUUCUGUCAGUAUUAAAAUACACACACUUAUUUUAAUUAUUAUAAAAGUAUUAAUCAUGCAUGUUAAAGAAAUAUGAUACUUAUAAAUAAUUUGUUAUUUUAAAUCAUACUUAGAAAUCAUUUGCGUCUUUUAGUUGUAAGCAUUAACCAUUAUAACAUAAGCAUUCGCAUUUCUAACCAGCGUCUUCCAUCAUGAAUACAUAUAACAGAAAUGGACCAGGUAUAUCAGGAAACACUUUUGACCGUUGGGUACAGAGGACCAAUAUGCAUGAUGAUUCUACUAUUACAAAAAUGCAACAUCAGUUUUGGGUUACUAAACAAGCUUUAUCACGGAAGUUAGGAAAAAAGGAAGAUGAUUGUAUAGUAGCAUCUGAUGCAGAAUUGGAUGCCAAGUUAGAAUUGUUUCGCAGCAUUCAAGAAUCUUGUUCUUAUUUGCAAAGAAUUAUUGACAAAUAUCAAGAAAAAUUAUGUGAUCUUGCACAAGAAGAAAAUGCAAUGGGUCGGUUCCUUAAAGAUGCUGGUAAACAAGAUAAAACUAGAGCUGGUAAAAUGAUGACAGCAGUUGGAAAAUCACUAUCAUAUUCUGGUCAACAAAGACUUGCAUUAAGAGCUCCACUGAGACGAUUAUAUCAAGAAGUAGAAACAUUUAGACAGAGAGCUAUUGAAGAUACAUUGCAAAAGGUUCAAGCAAUGGAGAAAGCUCGUACAGAGUACAGAGCAGCUCUCUCAUGGAUGAAAAAUAUUUCUCAAGAGUUAGAUCCUGACACGUCAAAACAAUUAGAAAGAUUUCGUAAAGUCCAAACAUGUGUUAGACAGGGUAAAAUAGCCUUUGAUAACCUGGCUUUAGACUGUCUUCAAAAGGUAGAUUUACUGGCAGCAGCAAGAUGUAAUAUGUUUAGCCAUGCUUUAGUUUUAUAUCAAAGUACACUUCUAAAUUUCACUGAAAAAUCUGCACAAGCAUAUUCUACAAUAGCAAGCAGUUUUAAAGGUUAUCAACGAUACAAUUUUAUGGUAGUGCGAGAACUCGCUGAACCUUCAAGUAAAUUAGCUCAAGAAACUGGAGGUGACGAUGAUGCUGAUGAAAAAAACAAAUUAUCAUUUUUUGAUAUGGAUUAUCAUGAUAAUGUUGAGGAAGCUGAAGAAGUAAUGUCAACUAAGAAUAUAAUUGAAAAUGACAAACACGAUGAAAAACUACUGGAUAUUGAGUAUGAAACACAAGACAUGUUAGGAUUGGAAGGAUUAGACAUAAAUUCCAGUUCUUCAAAUAAUAGAAUUACACAAUCAUCUUCUAAUAUAGAACAUGAAAAUCUCGAUAAACUUUUUGAAAAUUUAGUUUUAGAUAACAAUAUUUCUCAUAGUGAUACUUCACGAGAAAAAAAUCAAUCUGAAUUUGAUAAAAAGUUUGAUGAACAAAAUUUAACAAUGGACAUAUUCGAUAAAUCUGAUACAAAUUUUAAUUUAGCUGAUUUUUCUUCCUUAGAAGAACAAAAUUCAAGAGAACAAUCUCUACAAUCACUCACAUCCGAAAAUAUGGUACUUUUGAAUGAUAUUCUCACUGAUAAGCAAAAUACUAAUAGUGAAUGGGAAGUAAUAUCGAACGAUACAUUUUUACCACCAGAUAUAUUAAAACAAAGUUUAGGUGAUGUAGCACUUGGUGUUGAACAGAAAAAUAUGCCUACUACCAACAUGGGUGAUAAAAAAAAAAGUAAGACUGGCAAAUCUAAAGGUAAUUCCUGGUUGGAUUUAUUUGCUGAAUUGGAUCCUUUGGCUAACAAUCCAAUGGAAAAUCUUUCCAGUGACAGUAAUGCAUCUGCUUAAUUUUUUAAAGUGCUUAAAAUUAUA